AUGAUUGCCAUAUUUUAAUCCAUAUUGUUGUUAUUUAAUGCUAGAAUUGCAGAGUGUUGUACAUAAUUGCCAAACAAUGAACUGGUACUGGUGAAUAAAAUAAAUGAAACGUAAAGUAUGAAUAUUUAAAACUUGUUCAUUAAAUAAGAGCAAUUUAUGAUAUAUAUUAUGCCUAAUGAUAGUGACAUUCAAGUCUAAUAAUAUAUGUAUAACCAUUCUAAUUCCAGCAAUUCAUUUGAAAAUAUAAUAAGCGUGAAGUGUUUGAGAUCCUAUAAUGAUUUUACUGCAGCAAAUCAAUAUGCAUUAUUGAAUAAAAUUAAUGAUAAAUAUCAAAUACACACAAAUAGUUAUUAAAUUGAAUACAAUCAGCGUUUACCAGAAUUCAAUUAAUAUUUCGAAAUCACAGAUCACAUAUGUCAUGAUCUAGAAAUAUUGAAUCGAUAGACUCUAAUAGUAGAUUGUUACAAUGAAAGCAGUAACGUUUUCAUACUUUAAAGAGAGUCAAGUCAAAUUUAGCAUUUGCCCUAUAAUCAGACCAAAGAUUUUCAAAUUAAGAGAAGGAUAUUUGCUUUUCAGGAUGAUCUAAUAAUACGUGUAUUGUAUUAUGAUGAGAAAUACCAGUAUUCAUCAAUUCAAUUCAUCUAAUUUGGUGAAACUAUUACAACUCCACUCAUAAUUGAUGACACCUAUAUCAAUAAUAUAUUGAAUGAAACCGAAACAAUUAUAGAGCUAUAGAUAGUGUAAGUGUAAGUGGAAUAGAAAAUAAUCACAAUAUUGAAUAAAAACUAAUGGGUGAUAUCCAUAGAUACUCAAUUCUUUCCAUUCAUUAUUAUAGUUGACUGUUUUCAACUUGAUCUGGAAUACCCAGCCAUAUACUUUGCAUAUCAUGUGAAUAAUUACACUUAUGCUUUUUUAACUUAAUAUACAAUCCAUGUUUGGAGCAAUGGGCUCACUAAAUUCAAAAGGAUUGACAAUAAAGAUGAAAAAUUUUAGAUUUAUUUUACAAAAAGCAAUCUAAUCCAAUAUAAUGAUGGUUAAUUGAAUUUAAUGAAAUUCAAUUUAAAGAUUAUAGAAAUAUUUCAGAUAAAAGAUAAUUAUAACUUAAUUUUGGACUAAUUAUCCGAGGAAAUAAUAGCAAUCAAUGAGUAGGAGAGUAGACGAAUCAUCAUCAGGUCUCAUUAAUAUUUAUACUUUAAAUCAAAUUCACUGUAUUCAAAAUUCAAAUCAGCUACUUUGAUCUAAAAUAUCAGUAUACUGGAAUCUUGUACUCUAAGUAUCAAAUACAGAACCAUAGCAUGGAACUCUACAGAAGCCAUUCCUACAGUAAUGAAUCAAUUUAAUACAAUUUUGAAUAGCCAGAUAGAAUCAUAUGAAGUGGAUAGAUUCAUUGAUGGACCUAAUAUUUCCAUCUCUAACAUCAAUGAAUUAAAGGUCAAUUAAGUAUUGUUCAGUAUAAACUUUGAAUAAUUGCAAUAGAAGACCAUUAGUGGAAUAAAAAGUGAGUAAACUGUACUAUAUAUAAAGGUAAUACCAAUUGCACUUUUCUACUUGUAUUUUGUUUAAUUAUCAAAUUUAUAUGUGCAAAUUUACUAUUGUUUUUAAGAUUUAAAUUGUAUAUACACAAGUUAAAUAUACCUGGAAUUCAAUUUAUCAUCAACGCAUCAUGAAUUCUUUUUAAACUAGGACAAUGUAUACAUAGCAGUUAAGAAUAAUCAAUAACUAGAUGUUUGGAAGUUGUCUGAAGCACUCAUUUAUUAAUGUACAAUCUAUCCAGAUUAAGAUCAUUAUAUAAUACAAUUUCAUUAUAUCAAUUAGUUCUUGGCAGUGCUCUACUCAAACUAAUUAGUAGUCAUCUAUAAAGUGAUUGAUUAAUGUUAGAGAUCUCAAGCCUUUACAACUGAGUUCCUCUCCAAUUUCAAUAUCCAAUGGAAUCCCUCCUACAUACAGACCAAUGAUGAUUAUGACAUUCUCUAUGUUUAAACUGAGAUGCAAUUGCUGUUGAUUCAGGUUAAAGAGUCAGAAAUAUUCCCCAUCAACAUCAUCCCACUUAGUUACAAUAAAUCAGUCAAAAUCUUUUCAUAUAAGAAUAUCAUUUGGAUCUACUAUACAGAUACAGAAGUGAUUGAGUCAUUCAUUAUCCAAUCCCUUACUUUAAUUGAAUACUUGAGUACGAUUUCCUUAUUCAAUGUCAUCCCUAACAAAUAUUUGCAUCAUCAAUAAUCUAAAUAUGUCUAUUUCCAAAAUAGCCAAGAUAGUUUAGGCACUAUCUAUGUCUAUUGCAUGGAAAGCAGUAGUCAUAAUGCAUUAUUAACAACUUUUUCAACUAAGUAUAAAACCCUGUAUUCUGUUUCAAAUUUAUUCAUCAUAGCUGAUAUCAACAAUUAUUUUGAAAUCCCCCAGAAAAUCAAGUAUUCAAUUUAUUAUCAAGAUAUAGAUAAUCCUAAUUAUUUAGUUAAAGUUAAUACAUUCUUAGUUAUUUCAAGUUAUGAUAACAAAGAGCAAUACAAAUAUGUAAUUAAUUCAACCCUUGUAAAUCCCUAUACAACCAUUACAGUUAAUUUAACUUAGUUGAAUAUUGAGGAAUUCCUCCAUUAAGCUAGACCUAUUGGUUAUUGUCAGAACAAGUAUUCUUGGUACACUGGGUAAGUUGUGGACAUUGGUUUAAGAAGUCAAUAGUUGAAACUGCAAAAAUCUAUGCACCUAUUAGAAAAGGAGAUCUGCUCAUCGGGAUUAGAUAUCUAAGAGUAUGUCUCAGAUUCAGUACUCAUUUUACAUUAAGAUAAACUUGUCAAAUUAAACAUGACUACUAAAAUCUAAUAGAUCUAUUACCUAGACACCUCUGUAACUUAUAGCAAGAUAAUCUUAGUUUAAGGUGAACUAGUUUAUAUUUCAGCCUUCAAAUAAAUUCCAUUUUUCUACUAUUUCAUUCAAAUAAUCAGCUGCACUUAGGAGUUCAAAUGCAAUAAAAAAUAUGACGAUUUGAGUUCGAGUGGUGAUCCUAAAAUUGUUAAAGUGUUCUCAAAUUUGAUUGUAGUCAUCUCCGACAUCUAGAUCACUGUAUACUCGUUUAAAGAUGACGAAGUAUCAUAUGUUUAGAGUCUUGAUAAAACGAAUUUUGGGAACUUCCAAGAUGUCAUCUCUCCAGAACUGAAUUAUUUUCAAGUAUACUCUAAAAAGAUCAAUUAAAUGACAAUCUCAAUGUAUCGGCUCUAAGAAAAUGAGUUUAGUUUAAUGUAAUAAUAUUAGGUUGACUUAUUAGAUGUCAUCUAAUAAACAGGAUUUUAUAUAGAUCCUAAAACAAUUUUUCAAAAGAUUAUUAUCAAACAUAGCAAAACCUAGUAGUAACUAUUAACAGCAGAAUUAUUCUGUUAGGCUCAUAAACAUUCACAUUAUAUUGUUUAAAUACAAUACAUUUGCAAAUUUUCUCCAAUCUCUUAUAAUUGUUCUAUCAAUAAUUAUAAAACAUUGCAAAUAUUUUAAGGAUAUGGGAAUUGGCCAUCCAACUAAUUUAAAAUGUACAAAGACUAAUAUAUUUUGAUGAUUUACUAUUAAUCUACCACAUUUAUUAGUGCCAUCUAUAGUUUAGAAUUAAAUUAUGUUCACCCAACAACCUCUUCAACUUUAUUUUCAGGAGCCAUACAAUACUAAAAUGUUUCAGUUUCCUAAUAAGCAUUCUUUACGCAAGAAUCUUAAAUUUAUCUAUUGACAAAUUCAAUUAAUAGUGAAGUAUUUGCACUUUAUGAAAUUCAUAAUACUACUAAGUUUUGUAUCUAAGAUCAUUUGAAAUCAGAGAAAAUUCAGAUAACUCUAAAAAAUAACUUUCAUGAAAAAAACGAAACUAUUGAUGUGAAUAAAAAUGGUGAUAAUGACAAUAAUAAUACAAAAAAGUUUAUUAUUUGGCUUGUUUUCGGAAUUCUUUUAGUAUUCCUUUUUGGAAUGCUAUUAUUUGGUUGUUACAUCAAACAAAAAAAGAGACAUGUAGAAAAUUAAUUAAUUUUAUGA